UAACAGCUGUGCUGUUCGUACCAGAACGCACUUAACGAUUGAAAUAAGAUCUGACAACACCCUCUGACACAAGGAAUUGUGCAAAGAUAUUCAAAAUGUGCAUUUUCAUCGAUUGUUUAUUGAGCCCCUUGAUUGUGUGGCCAGCUAUUAUCGGCGUGGGCAUCUACUUCUUGAAGGAGUACAUGCAAGGUGGAAAGUUUACGAAGGACACCGAUGAGACCGGAAAGGUAUUCAUUGUGACCGGUGCCAACACGGGCAUUGGCAAGGAGACGGCUCUGGAGAUAGCCAGACGUGGGGGAACUGUGUACUUGGCUUGCAGGAAUAUGAACCGGUGCGAGAAGGCGCGCAAGGACAUCAUCAAGGAGACAAAUAACCAGAAUAUAUUCUCUCGAGAGCUGGACCUAAGUUCCCUGGACUCCAUUCGCAAAUUUGUUGAUGGCUUCAAGAAGGAGCAACCCAAGCUUCACGUCCUGAUCAAUAAUGCCGGUGUGAUGCGCUGUCCCAAGACCCUGACCAAGGAUGGCUACGAACUGCAGUUGGGAGUAAAUCAUAUUGGUCACUUUUUGCUGACUAACUUGCUGCUCGACGUGCUCAAGAACUCGGCUCCCAGUCGCAUUGUCGUUGUGUCCAGUCUGGCACAUGCGCGUGGCUCCAUUAACGUGGCCGACCUGAACAGCGAGAAGUCGUAUGAUGAGGGCCUAGCCUACAGCCAGAGCAAGUUGGCCAACGUCCUGUUCACCCGGGAAUUGGCCAAGCGCCUGGAGGGCAGCGGAGUCACAGUAAAUGCCCUUCACCCUGGUGUUGUGGACACUGAACUGGCGCGGAACUGGGCCUUCUUCCAGACAAACCUUGUGAAGUUCUUUUUGAAGCCAAUGAUUUGGCCGCUAUUAAAGACACCGAAAAGUGGAGCACAGACCUCGAUCUAUGCUGCUUUGGAUCCGGAACUGAAGAACAUCUCUGGCCUGUACUUCAGUGACUGCAAACCAAAGCCUGUGGCUCCUGGUGCCUUGGACGAUAAGGUUGCCAAGUUCCUGUGGGCCGAGAGCGAGAAAUGGACUGGCUUAGAUAAGCUGGAAGCUAAUAAGUAAAGAAGAGCGAGUAGUGUUAGAACAAGCCGUUUAUUAUACUUUAAUACUAGAUGCUGUUUCACGAACGGAUUAAUAAAUAAAUACAUAUUUCUCUA